UACUUUCUUCUGCAUUACUGCUUCUGGUGUAGAACCAUUUUGAACGCGCUGCGGAAAGAUAGUGAGGCGUCUGCAAUCGUUGUCAUAUUACGACAGUUGAAGUGACUUCAUAAGAAUUAAAAUUUAAAAUAUUAUUAAGUGCAUAAAAGAACAAAAUCGCUUUCAAAAAUGAGCGUUGAGGAAGAGGUUUUUAAGAUCCAAAAAAAGAUGAGCAAAAUCACAGCAAAUGAUGGAGCUAUUUUGUCAAGUAUUGUAAUACAAAUCAUUAGAAGGAAGUAGUUUAAACGGUAAUCAGUAGAUUUUCUUUAACAAAUUGAUUCAUGAAACAAGAAGAAAGUUAAAAAGAUUUGGAUCACAGUGACUAUUACUUAUUUCGAAACUUGAAAAGAUGACUCUAGCGAAAGAGAUUUGCAUGAAAUGAUGGAGUGGAAUGGGAAACUGACGUAUGUUUUGUAGGACUUCAUGAAUCGUAUUUCAUAAAAUGCAUCCAAAUGUUGAAAGAUCAUUGGACUUGAAUGUAUCGAGCUAAAAAGGAACUAUGUUGAAGGUCAAGAUCAAGCACUUGAUCUUCUAAAGGCUUUACAAACACUUAACAUCAAUUUGGAUAUUUUAACUAAAACACGCGUCGGUAUGACGGUGAAUGAAUUACGUAAAAGUAGCAAAGAUGAAGAAGUUAUUGCUUUAGCUAAAACAUUAAUUAAGAAUUGGAAGCGCUUUCUUGCUGCACCAAGUGCUUCAACACCAAAUGCCAGUAAAGAAUCUGGCAGCAGCGGUAGUACCAAAGUAUCUAGCAGCAGUAAGCAUUCGUCUUCCUCUGUUAAAGAUAAAGAAAAAUCAUCAUCUUCGUCUUCUAAAGAGAAAAAGCGUGAAGAAGAAAAGAAGCAAAAUGCUGAACGCAAAGCACCAAUAACCACCACUUUUCCACCGUCAGCAUCUGGUAUGACGGAUGCUGUACGCAUUAAAUGUCGUGAAAUGCUUUGUAAUGCCCUUAAGACGGGUGGUGAUAUACCUGAAGGCUGUCCAGAUCCUGAAGAAAUGGCUAUGGAGUUAGAGGAUGCAAUUUAUAGUGAAUUCAGAAAUACAGACAUGAAAUAUAAAAAUCGCGUCCGCUCACGCGUAGCAAAUUUGAAAGAUCCUAAGAAUCCAACACUACGUGGGAAUUUUAUGUGUGGUGCGGUCACUGCACAGAAGCUUGCUACAAUGACACCGGAAGAAAUGGCAAGUGACGAAAUGAAAAAACUACGUGAGAAAUUUGUCAAGGAAGCUAUCAACGACGCCCAGCUUGCAACUGUACAAGGCACUAAAACUGACCUACUGAAGUGCGGCAAAUGCAAGAAGAGAAACUGCACAUACAAUCAACUGCAAACCCGUUCGUCUGAUGAACCUAUGACUACGUUUGUCAUGUGCAACGAGUGCGGUAAUCGCUGGAAGUUUUGUUAAGAUCCACAUAUGAAAUACCAGCUGGAAUAAAGAUCUGCAAUUUUAUAUAUUCUCAAGUGAUGCAUUCAGUUAUGAAAAAUAUUUCAAGAAAUGAUUAGAACAUAUAGUUUGGCUCAAUCUUUGGUUGCAAGUUGUAAUAGAUUUAAUAUAACUCUCUCGACUUUAUGGAGCAGCACCACUUUCUCGGUUUCAUUAUCAAAUAUUUAUAAGAUCUUGAUAGCAUCUAUGGUUUUGCAGAAAAGCUACGAAUGGAACAAUUUUAAAAUU